AUGGAGGUUCUCCCUUUCAAGAACAACAUAGACAUCGUAGAAGUGUCUGGCAGCGUCCUUCUCACAAUCCUGGAGCAUUCUGUGAAUGAUUACAACCCACUGAAAAAACAUGGCAAAUUUCUACAAUAUUCAGGGAUAAAAGUGACAUAUGAUCUUACCAAGCCGAAUGGUCAACGUGUUGUUGAGGUUCUUGUGAGUACCUUACGUGAAGUCUAUCUAUCUAUCUAUCUAUCUAUCUAUCUCAGUCUGUACAUUAUCUGUCUAUCUACCUAUCCAUCACAUUGCUUUCAACACAAGUCUAUCUAUCUAUCUAUCUAUCUGUUGUGUCAAGUUUCAACACUAUCUAUCUAUCUAUUUAUCUAUCUAUCUCAGUCUGUAUAUUAUCUAUCUAUCUAUCUAUCUAUCUAUCCCAGUCUGUAUAUUAUCUAUCUAUCUAUCUAUCUAUCUAUCUAUCUAUCUAUCUAUCUAUCUCAGUCUGUAUAUCUAUCUAUCUAUCUAUCUAUCUAUCACGUGAUUACUCUCUCUCGCUCUCUCUUUCUCAUUCUCUCUUCUCUCUCUCUCUCUCUCUCUCUCUGA